CGACUCCCGGGCGCUGCCACGCAGACUUCCGCCUGGCACGGACACCCGAGGCCGGUAACGGGUCGCGCCGGGGGUGAGGUCGUGACGAGCGGUGUGGAGCCUCAGUGCAGGUGCGAGUCGGCAUCGUGCCCGGCAGGGGGACGGGGAAGACAGCAGGCGACAUGUCGGAAGGAAACGCCGCGGGCGAGUCCAGCAACCCUGGAGGGCCGCGACCCCUUCUCUCUGGGGGCCGCGGGCUGGUCGGCCGGAGGCCCGCGCCCCCACUCACGCCGGGCCGCCUUCCCUCCAUCCGCUCCCGGGACCUCACCCUCGGCGGAGUCAAGAAGAAAACAUUCACCCCAAACAUCAUCAGUCGGAAGAUCAAGGAAGAGCCCAAGGAAGAAGUAACCAUGAAGAAGGAAAAGCGUGAACGGGAUAGAGACCGCCAACGUGAGGGGCAUGGACGGGGCCGAGGCCGCCCAGAAGUGAUCCAGUCCCACUCUAUCUUCGAGCAGGGUCCUGCAGAAAUGAUGAAGAAAAAAGGAAACUGGGAUAAGACGGUGGAUAUGUCAGACCUGGGACCCUCUCAUAUCAUCAACAUCAAAAAAGAGAAGAGAGAAACAGAUGAAGAAACCAAGCAGAUCUUGCGCAUGCUGGAGAAGGAUGAUUUCAUUGAUGACCCUGGGCUGAAGAAUGACACCCGGAACAUGCCGGUGCAGCUGCCACUUGCUCACUCAGGGUGGCUUUUUAAGGAGGAGAAUGAAGAGCCAGAUGUUAAGUCUUGGCCAGCUGGCCCCAAGGAAGAAGACAUGGAAGUGGACAUGCCUGCUGUCAAAGUGAAAGAGGAACCACAGGAUGAAGAGGAGGAGGCCAAGAUGAAGGCCCCUCCCACAGCAGCCAGAAAGACCCCAGGCCUCCCAAAGGAUGUGUCUGUUGCAGAGCUGCUCAGGGAAUUGAGCCUCACCAAGGAUGAAGAACUGCUGUUUCUCCAGCUGCCUGACACCCUUCCUGGGCAACCGCCCACUCAGGACAUCAAGCCUAUCAAGACAGAGGUGCAGGGCGAGGAUGGACAGAUGGUGGUCAUAAAGCAGGAGAAAGACCGGGAAGCCAGGCUGGCAGAGAACGCUUGUACCUUGGCUGACCUGACAGAGGGUCAGGUGGGCAAGCUGCUCAUCCGCAAGUCGGGGAAGGUACAGCUCCUCCUGGGCAAGGUGACCCUGGAUGUGACAAUGGGAACCACAUGCUCUUUCUUGCAGGAGCUGGUGUCUGUGGGCCUUGGAGAUAGUAGGACGGGAGAGAUGACAGUCUUGGGACAUGUAAAGCACAAACUCGUGUGCUCUCCUGAUUUUGAAUCCCUCUUGGAUCACAAACACCGGUAAAAUGAGCAGAUGGAGGAGGAUGGUAACUGUGCCCACGGCUGCUGCCUGCUCCAGACGUUUUGUUCUCAGAUCUGUACGACCCAGAAGGGGCCUAUUUAGCCCACCCACUGCAGCCUUUGGCAGCCGAUGUCCCAAUUUCUCCCCACUGGGGCCCACGCUGCUCCCUCCUCCCUGGCAGCUGUGAAUGGCACAGUGACCUUCCCCCAGCAUGGAUCUGGAAAGCACAUCCUCGCUGCUGGGGACUUGGCCCUGAUAUUUAUUUUUAUAUUUAUGUCUUGAUCUCCACAAGUGUCUGCAUCCUUCCAAGGUAGGGUGGUGCAGGUUCCUUGUCCCGGAGCCUUGGGCUACAGUGUGGGAAGGGGAGGGCUGCAGCUCUGGCUUCUCUUCCCUCUUGGGAGGCUGAUAGGAAGGAGGAUAAGGAUGGAGUCCGAGACUUAAGACUCAUGAGCUCGUUGGUUCCUGGUUCUGUGACCUGGGACACACUCCCUAACCUUUCUGAGCCUCGUAUUCCUCAUCUCGAAAAAAAUGAGGAUAAUACCUACCUCACAGGGUUGGUGUGAGGAUCAAGUGGAGUACCGUGAGUAAAAUCUCCUUGCACAAGACCAGACAUGGAUCCACAGGCUCUCAAUAAAUGUUGAUUUCCCUUUCCUU